UUCAAAUUUUUAUUUAUGCAAAUUUAAUCGAAAUUCAUCUGUUCCUAAAACUAAAUUAAAAUAUCUUCUUCAAAUAAUGUAAUUAAAUUUAUUUUCUCUCUUUCUCUCUUAGUCCAAUUCCAGUCUUGAUUGUUUGCCUUCCACUGAAAAGAAUUCUCUCAUUUCCAAGAGAUCGUCGCACAGCUGUUUAUGUAAAGAUUCAAUGGAACCACAAACACCACCAAACUCUGUUGGAAGUGAAGAUCGCGGCACAUGUUCAGCAGUAAACUUUUCAAGAUCAAGUGAUGACGAAUGAAGAUGCAUCUUCACGAUGUCUCCAUCCAUGAAUGGUUUAAUAAUCGCCAUUACAAGAUGAAAAAACGAAACUGUGUUGAAAAUAUGAAUGGAAUGAAUUUUGUAAGGAAUUCCCUCUUGCAAGAACGCUAAGAAUUUCUUCAUCGAACUCAAUUUAUUCCGCAACAAAUGGCCAGCGUUGAAAUUCUUCAUGUCGUAGAGAAGAAUCAAGCCGUUGGUUGGUCCGUGUUUGUACACAAGAGCCUCUACAAUGAAUGUCAAGAAUGUACUUAAUAUCGAAUAGGGAAAGAUUGAAUGUGUUACCAAUCAUCAUGAGAAAAGAGGUUGCUGAUGGAUCAUAAACAUAUCUCUUAGCGAUGGGACUCGACAAUCCAUGAAAAGCCACGGCAUAGCCAUCAGGUGUACAAGUUCACAAGACUAGCACAAAAAUGAUGACCACGAAACAUUCACAUCCUUACAAGGAUCAUCCUGAGCCUUACAAAUGGCCUGAGGAACGUCUCGGAGAGAUUGAAGAAAUUUAUCAAUGGAUGAUCAAACAACCGAGAUUUCCAAAAAUGACAAAAAAUCAUGCACAUCAGUUCUAUCACGCAUGUAUAUACAACAAAGAGGAUACGAAAAAAGCCUUCAAUCGAUACGUUGAGCUUAGAGCGUCAUCUGUCGAAUGCUUUGGAAUUCGAGACCCCCUUCUGCCUGAGAUUCAAUUCAUUUACAACGCUACCAACAUGGUGGCACUUCCCAAUCUCACAAAAGAAGGUUACAGAAUUCUCGCAUAUCGACUUAAAGAUUAUAAUCCGUCGAACAUAAUUUUUGGGGAUGGCGUGAAGGCCUUCAACAUGUUUAAUGACGUUAUUAUAAGUGACGAUGGGCCUAUUAACGGCUAUGUUGUCAUAUUUGACAUGGAAGGUGUCUGUUUGAGGCAUUUGACAAGAGUUCAAUUCGGUCCAUUGAGAAACUUUAUGUCUUAUAUUCAAGAAGCACAUCCAGUGAGACUUAAGAAAAUCUACAUUGUUCAUACAGCAUGGUUUGUAAAUCAAGCUUUUGCGAUUGUUAAACCUUUCAUUAAAACUGAACUGAUGUCCCUUUUGCAUUUUACAACUGAAGGCCCAGAUGAAAUAUUUCCACCGGAACUUUUACCGGAGGAUUAUGGAGGUGAACUUAAACCAAUGGAUGAGUUUCAUAAGGAACAAAAGAAACAUUUAGAAACAGAAUAUAGAGAAUGGCUGAUUGAGUCGAGUUACUUUAAGCAAUUGCCGAAGGAAAAGAAGAAAGAUAAGAAUUCUCUUGAUGCAAAUUCAAACGCUUUCGAUCCUCAAAUUGCAUCGAUGAAUCAAUUAUCGAUUGAUUAAUUUUGAUAUGAAGAUUCUCAGGUUUAAAUAUUUCUCCUUGCGUGCCUUGACAGUUUGUUGUGACAUGACGUUACGUUGAAUUGUAGUUAAAUUGUGAAUAGGUUUGUGGUUUAAAGAAAAAGAACUUAAUUAGUUAUGUAAGAACAACAGUUAGAAGAAUGUUUAUGAUUAAUAAAAUUAUUAACUGUACCGAUCAUUAAUAUUAAAUAAAUGCUUUUGAUACCCUCCUUAAGUAUAAUAUUAUU